AAAGAUUUGUUUACAUCUGGUGUGAAAAUACUUGAGAAAAAAGAUGAUAAGUAUGGAGGAGUUGUGAUAGAGAUGAAGGAGAUGAUGAAUCCUUCCUCCUUUGCUGCUUCACUUAAAGCUUCACUCUUCAAUUGGAGACUACAAGGGAAAAAAGGAGUUUGGUUGAAACUUCCGAUAGAGCUUUCGGAUCUCGUUGAUGUUGCAAAAAAGGAAGGGUUUUGGUAUCAUCAUGCUGAAAAAACAUACAUAAUGAUGGUGUAUUGGAUCCCAAAAACUCCUUCCACUCUCCCUUCAAAUGCUUCACAUAAAGUUGGCAUUGGAGCUUUUGUAAUCAAUGAACAUGAAGAGAUGCUUGUGGUGCAAGAAAAAAAUGGUUACUUUGCCGGAACCGGAUUUUGGAAAAUGCCCACUGGCUUAGUGGAAGAGGGUGAGGAUGUAUGUGAUGCUGCAGUAAGAGAAGUUAAAGAAGAGACCGGAAUUGACGCCGAGUUCGUCGAGUUCCUUGCUUUCAGACAGUACCACAAAGCUUUAUUUAGCAAAUCAGACCUAUUUUUUGUUUGCAAGUUAAAGCCACUCUCCACUACUGUCACGAAGCAAGAUUCUGAGAUCGAGACAGCCAAGUGGAUGAAAAUGGAGGAAUAUUGCGAGCAAUCGUAUGUGAAAGAGCACGAGGGAUUUCUCAGCGUUGCAGAGAUCUGCAAAAUGGCGAGUAGCAAGAAAAAUGCAUAUUCUGGUUUCUCUGCAAAUUUGAAAUCACAAAGGACUCCUGGAAAGAAAAGCUACGUAUACUCCAGCGCCAGCAACAUAUGACAAAUUAAAUUUAUUAUCCAGAAAUGAGUUAAGUCCACAGUUUACCCCGUACUCUUUAGAAAUUGCAUGUUUUACCCCUGAACUUUAAAAAGUGCAUCGAUUACCCUUGAACUCUUCGAAAAUUGCACGAUUUACCCCUGCAGACUAAAAAUGCACCAAAUACCCUUGAACAAAUUAAAACGUUGCAUCGUUGGUCGUAAACUAUUAGAUAGAGAGGGCGUUGCUUCCACGCACAAGAAUUGUGAAUAUCAUUCAUCUGACCCUUGUGAAUUUUCCAAAAUAUCUUUACCCAAAAUUGUCAUCUUUAUUUAAAUGUUCAGGAGUAAACCUUACAAUNACUCUUUAGAAAUUGCAUGUUUUACCCCUGAACUUUAAAAAGUGCAUCGAUUACCCUUGAACUCUUCGAAAAUUGCACGAUUUACCCCUGCAGACUAAAAAUGCACCAAAUACCCUUGAACAAAUUAAAACGUUGCAUCGUUGGUCGUAAACUAUUAGAUAGAGAGGGCGUUGCUUCCACGCACAAGAAUUGUGAAUAUCAUUCAUCUGACCCUUGUGAAUUUUCCAAAAUAUCUUUACCCAAAAUUGUCAUCUUUAUUUAAAUGUUCAGGAGUAAACCUUACAAUUUUUGAAGAGUUCAGGGGUAUUUGGUGCAAUUUUUAUUGUUCAAAGGUAAACCGUGCAAUUUCUGAAAAAUUCAGGGGUAUUUGGUGCACUUUUUAAUGUUCGGGGAUAAAUCAUGCAAUUUUCAAAGAAUUCGGGGGUAAACGGUGCACUUAACUCAUCCAGAAAUAUAAUCAACUUAAUUAAUUGCG